UUUUUUUUUUCCAUUUUAUGCUUUUGUCUCCACAUAGAAAAAAAAAACAUUAGCACUCAUCUAUCAAAUGAACAUAAAUGAGCUUUUUGAAGAUAAAGAUUUAUUCCUAAAACGAUUGAUCCAAAGCCCAUUUAAAGAUGAUGAGGUGACAUUAAAGAACAUUAGCCAACAUGUAACCAGCCAGACGAGUGUAUUCCACGAAUUUGGAUUAGUAUACCUAGAACAUCUAGUUACAUUAGCAUCUCCAGAUAGAAAUCUCAUAAAUUUAAAUUGUCUAAAUAUUUAUUUUGUUCAAUAUUUGGUUGAUAAAGAAAAUGAUUUAAAAAUUGUUAAAGAAGCAUAUUCCAUGAUAUUUUCGUACUGCUUAAAGAUAUAUAAUAUUGGACAGCAAUUGAAUAAUAUUGAAAUAUAUCAAGUGUUAUAUUCGUUAUUAGAGCAAUGUGCCCCUUCCAAUGUAUCAUCUUGGGAGAAAAAACUUAACGAAUUGCCGAUAAGAAAAACAAGACAAAUCUUACAAUAUUAUGAUGAUAUCAUUAAUGAUUACAUGUAUAAUCCAAGCAUUUAUCCUGACAAAAUACCCAUUUUAGAUCCAACAUUAACGCAUAAUAUUAGUGCUAGAUUUACUUUGUUUAAUAUAUUAUUCGAGACUGAGAUGAAGCCACUUCAGUUUGAAUAUCAAGAGAACUUUAGGUUUUCAAAUAGUUGGGUACAUUUCCUAACUAAAAUGAAUAGCACAUCCGCCAUUAAGCUUUUUGAUACUCGUAUAAAAUCAAUCGAAAAUAAGUUAUGGGCUUUAAAUGCUGAAAAUAUUAGAGUUCGAUUUCAUGAACUUUGUAUAGAGUCAUUCACAUUUAUAAGCCAAGAAGAAUUUGAAACCACAUUUAGAGAAUGCCUUCAAUCACUUAAAGUUGCUCACACAAGAUAUGUUGUAAAAAUUGUUUACUGUCUUCUUCAAUUAUUAUUAUAUGCUUCUACAGCUUACAAUGAACAAUUCCAGAAAUACAUCCUUCAAGUUGGCCAAGCUACUUGGUUUGAAAUCUUCCAGUGUUUAUUAGAUGAUGCCGUAUUUGAAGCAAGUCCCUGUGCAAAAUCUAUUUCCUUUCAACGAUUGUUUAAAAUGUUAGCCUGUUAUACUCAAUAUAGACAGCUUCCAUCAAUCCCUUAUGUUAAACUUCCUUUGUCUAUUUGGGAUCACUUUUAUCUUCAAAGGUCUAUCUUCCUUAAAUCAAUAGGUGAAUUAGAAAAUAAUAUUCCUGAUUUAACCUUAAUAGAAAAGGUACUCUUUACAUGCACUUCAAUAUGAGCAAUACUGCGUUAUCACUUUCUCCUUAUCAUUACUAAAGUAGAAUAUAAGUACAUGUAUAAAUAAAUAAAUAAAAAUAUACAUAUAUACAUAUAUAGAUUAAAUCAGAAUAUAUGGAUAUUUAUAGUCAUCAUAUAUCCUAUAUUUUUGUAUGAACGUUAUGAAACCUCCCCGUGCACAAUGAUAUGCCUCUAUCAUAAUAUAUGACAUAUAGUAUUAUUAUUUGUUUUGUUUCAUUAACUAAUUGAAUACUGUUGCCCUAUAUUUCAAACCGUCAUUACCGUUUGCUGUCUUUGUUAAAUAUUUCAAACUUUAUCGAGUUCCUUAAUAAUAAUAAUAAAAAAAAAAAACAAUUAACAUCAUUCACAGAUUAAUCAAAAAGAAUGGGAGAGAAUAGAGAGUAUUAUACGC